CACGUGCGGAGGCCGCCGCAGUGACCCCGCCCCCGGGCCGAGGAUGUGAGGCCCGCGGCGCGUCCCCGCACCCGGCCCGGGCGCCGGGAGUGGCCGGCUCGGUAGCGCUGGGCGAUGGCCCUGCUGCCGGUGCUCCUCGUCUCCUGGGGCCUGGGGCAGUGAGGAGGCCGGCGGGCGAGGGGAAGCGGCCCCGGCGCGGCGGGGGCAAGGGUACCGCAGGCGCCAUGGAGGGGGUGCUGUACAAGUGGACCAACUAUCUGAGUGGUUGGCAGCCUCGAUGGUUCCUUCUCUGUGGGGGGAUAUUAUCUUACUAUGAUUCUCCUGAAGAUGCCUGGAAAGGUUGCAAAGGGAGUAUACAGAUGGCAGUCUGUGAAAUUCAAGUUCAUUCUGUAGAUAACACACGCAUGGACCUGAUAAUCCCUGGGGAACAGUAUUUCUACCUGAAGGCCAGGAGUGUGGCUGAGAGACAGCGGUGGCUGGUAGCCCUGGGGUCAGCCAAGGCUUGCCUGACAGACAGUAGGACCCAGAAAGAAAAAGAGUUUGCUGAAAACACUGAAAACUUGAAAACCAAAAUGUCGGAACUAAGACUGUACUGUGAUCUCCUUGUUCAGCAAGUGGAUAAAACAAAAGAAGUGACCACAACCGGUGUGUCCAGUUCUGAGGAGGGAAUUGAUGUGGGAACACUGCUGAAAUCAACCUGCAAUACUUUUCUGAAGACUUUGGAAGAAUGCAUGCAGAUCGCAAAUGCAGCCUUCACUUCUGAGCUGCUCUAUCGCACUCCCCCAGGAUCACCUCAGCUGGCCAUGCUCAAGUCCAACAAGAUGAAACAUCCUAUUGUGCCAAUUCAUAAUUCAUUGGAAAGGCAAAUGGAGUUAAACAGUUUUGAAAAUGGAUCUUUAAAUAUGGAAAUAAAUGAUGAUGAAGAAAUCCUAAUGAAAAACAAGAGCUCCUUAUGUUUGAAACCUGCAGAGACAGAUUGCAGCAUAUCAAGUGAAGAAAAUACAGAUGAUAAUAUAACAGUCCAAGGGGAAAUAACAAAGGAAGAUGGAGAGGUGAACCUGGGAAAUCAUGACAGCGACGUGGCAGAGCCAGAACCAAACUCCUCAGGCAGCUGUCCAGAAUCCCACUGGGAAGAAGGCCAAGAAGUUAUCCCAACUUUCUUUAGUACCAUGAACACCAGCUUUAGUGACAUUGAACUUCUAGAAGACAGUGGCAUUCCCACGGAAGCAUUCUUAGCAUCGUGUUAUGCUGUGGUUCCAGUAUUAGACAAACUUGGCCCUACGGUGUUUGCUCCUGUUAAAAUGGAUCUUGUUGGAAAUAUUAAGAAGGUAAAUCAGAAGUAUAUAACCAACAAGGAAGAGUUUACUACCCUCCAGAAGAUAGUGCUGCAUGAAGUGGAGGCCGAUGUGGCCCAGGUUAGGAACUCAGCUACAGAAGCCCUCUUGUGGCUGAAGAGAGGUCUCAAAUUUUUGAAGGGAUUUUUGACAGAAGUGAAAAAUGGAGAAAAGGACAUCCAGACAGCUCUGAAUAAUGCAUAUGGUAAAACGUUACGGCAACACCAUGGCUGGGUAGUUCGAGGGGUUUUUGCGUUAGCUCUGAGAGCAGCUCCAUCCUAUGAAGAUUUUGUGGCUGCGUUAACCAUAAAGGAAGGUGACCACCAGAAAGCAGCUUUCAGUGUUGGGAUGCAGAGGGACCUCAGCCUUUACCUCCCUGCCAUGGAAAAGCAGCUGGCAAUACUGGACACUUUAUAUGAGGUCCACGGACUGGAGUCUGACGAGGUGGUAUGACGUCUGGAGGACAGCGCCGCCUCUAACUUCAGGGAAUAAAGUUUGCUAAAGUGUUUUGUUGCCCUACUUAAUUUCCAGCAGCAGCUUCCACCCUCUCCAAUCCCUGAUUUGAGGGGAUGGAGAGGAGGCAAAGCCUAGUGCUUUUAUAUAUAAUUUUUAAGUGCAUAUGUGUUUUAUGUGUUUAAAAAUCAAGGUGCUAUCUAUUUUAGUUCAAAGGGCCUCGUGGAAACCAAAUCAUAGCUGUUUCAUAGACUCGAACAGCAAGUUGUACAAGCAGAUUUGACAAAUGAAUUUGUUAGUAUUGUGUUUUGUUUUGUUUUUAGCUCUUGGUUUUAAUGGGCCACCCAAACCCGAGUUGAAAAUGAGCAAAUUCUUUAUCAAGGACUGUAACUCAUAGCCAGUGUUUCAGUCAGUUUACAGCUAGCCUAAAAAUUUAGAGGGAGCUAAGCCCCUUUGUUACAGCUGUUGAAAUGCAGAGUUUGCUAUUCGCAGACAUUCUUUAAAGAACCUCUUCUCUGUGGCUCUGUGGGCCAGUAGAGCCUGUGUCGUCAGGACGUCCAGGGCAUUGGUGUGACCAUGCCCAUGUGGGAGGUGGACGACAUAAACAGCAGUGCCCUGUUUAUGGGCCAGGAGACCAUUGCUCCGAAGAGAUGAGUGGUGUCCUCCUGCUGGAGGACAGUACGGGAGGGGUGGGACUGAUCAUCUGAGGUGACCCCUAUCUAGUGCACACCUUUUGCCAGCAUGCUUUCUCCUGUAUCCUCUCAGUUGGACAUCACAGCAAAACCAUGACAUUCAAGGAUUAUUACCCAAUUUCGAAAGUAAGGUUUAGAGAUUGAGGAACUUACUCACAGUCACACAGCUGCUAAAUAAAAGAACCAGAUGACUUCCACGUGUGAUCUGGACCACCUCUGCAUCAAAAUCACAUGGAGCGCUUGUUCAGAAAGCAAAUUCCAAGGUCUUAUCUUAACCUGAAGGACUAGAAUUGUGGGAAUGGGACUCUGGAUAAUAAAUCCUGAAUUUGAGUAAACUUCCCACGUGAUUCUUGUGUACACAGGGUUGAAGAACCACAAGACUGAAUUCUAGUUUACAGAAUUCCCAGUCUUCGGCAUGAACUAAAUGAUACGCUCUUUUUUUCAAAGAGGAAGAAGCAAUAGUUGAUGUAAAGUAGUCAAAGGGAGAGUGAGAAGUGGAGCAAGCUUACUCAGCAUCUUUCUUAAUUGAACCAGCCUCGGUGUCCAGCCCGCAAGCCUCGGUGUUGCCUUCAGGGACCACGUUCUGAACGUGCUCCCCGAUCAGUCUCGGCUCAGUCACCAGCAGUGAGUGCAGAGCGAGCUAAGUGCAGCUGCUUAUCAGUCUCAAAAGCUUUGGGACCAUGUCAGGGUUUAAAGGUAGGAUUUAAGCCUUGUAAAACAACCUGUGUAGGGUUCUCCUAAAGAGUGUGAUGCCAGGCCUGUGGCCCUAGCCUCUCAGUAGGCCAAGCUGCCAGGGAUGCCCUCCCCAUCAGAGGGUCCUGGCUUAUAGCAGCGGAAAGGGAAGUUCCAGCAUGAAGGGGUUACCAGGGGAGAAGGUGAGUCCCUUUGAGGGGCACCGUGAUGGUGUUCCAAGGGCAAAGAGAACCCUCUCCUCAGAUGAGAGGUUAAUGUAGGGAGGGGUGUUGACUUUGUCUUUUGUCUGUCUUUAAACAAAUGGACAUUUCUGUAGCUCAGAUUAACGAAGUAGGUACUCUGCUCCAUAAGGAUUUCUGGAAAUGCUUACAUUUAGAAAAGCAACCUCAGACGUUUUAAGGCUGGGGAGAAAGGGGUGCUAAAGUGAUGCUGAUUCUUUUGUGUCUCAGCGCUGGCUGUUGGCAGCUACGGAGGUGUGUGUGCUGCCUUCCCCUACUCGCAUGAGUAAUGAGUGCGGCUCUCCUCCUCUGGCUGGUGUGAGUGUGAUGGCGGGACUAGAGAGUACUUUAGACCUCCUGCCCUGACACAGCCUCCUAAAAGGGAAGAAGAAAAGGCUGCCAUCCUUUGUUUUGCCUUAAAUGAAGACGCAUUAGGCAUUGUGCCAGUGGGUGGGAUGCCGCCAGGAGAGUUGUCAGUGUUGUGAAGUGUGACUGUUCUGAGCAGAUGCUCAUGCUCUCCGUCACCUCCGGUGCACCUGUGUGGUCUCUUGGGAAGGGCUGAGCACACUGAAAAUACCUCAGAUUUCCCACCGAGAUUCUGAAUACACACUGAAAGCAAGCUGCUCAGCGUGGCCGUUUCACGUUUACAUAGGUACUGUCUUGGUGUGCAUGACCCAGUUUUCUGGGAAAGAAGGGUUUCAGAUUAUCUGGGAUCAUUGGGAACCCAGAUCAGAGUAGCUUGAAUAACUUGAAUAAGUUACGCUUUCUACUCAGUACGUUUCCAGCCCUACAGAAAGGGGGCAGUAUUUUUGGUAGGUAUUUUCCUCACUGGAGCAUAUUAAGUUUGCCUAAGAUGUGUAAAGCUCUGGAAACUGAACCUCACAGUAGAUGAUAAAUACAACUUGACCUGAAGCCCAGCACAGUCAGAGCUUCCUCCUGGACCUACAGUAUUUGCUUCUCCAUCUUAGUUAAAGUCAUCAUCUGUGCUAAUUUGUAGUUACUAUCUAAGAAGAGGACAAAGAGAAAGGAUAGUUAAGGCUUUCUCUCUAUAAUCCUCCAAGAUUCCUGGGCCGUCUAAGCUUUCUUUCCCCCUGACAGUGAGAGGAGGUGGGAAAACGCUAGUACAUUUGUUGGCAGAGUAAUCACCUUGCUCUCAUUGCUCAGACAUUUUUAGGAUUCCUUUUCUAUAGCAACCUUUUGAGAGCUCGUCAAGGAAAGGCAGCAUGUCUUCUAGAUAUCAGUACAAGCUACGUAACAUUUGGACGACCCCUUUCAAGGUGUUUCUGUCCACAGAAUUUCAUCAUAUCUGCACUUCUCCCCACUGCAGAAGCCAAGGCCUUACACUUAGAAGGGAUCAGUGGGUAUUUGUCACACCAAACAAAAUCCUUUCAGUGAUGGCAAUUUUUUGUCUUUUGAAAGUAAAUGUAAUUCAUUAUAGCUAAUCUUGGCAAAAAAGUUAGAGGGAUACCUUUUGGGGACGAAACCAACCUGUGACUACGAGGUAAAGGCGAUUUUUCUCAUCACCUCUUGAUCCCGCUCCACAGGGAGUUCUAGAAGUGGGGCUCUCGGAAUGUUGAGCAUAUCAGUCCCCAGGAAGUUGACUUUGAAAGAUAGUGUUGAUUAGAAUGGGUAUGUAGUAGCGCAAGGCACAUUGUCGUCAUUAUUUGCAUGUCAUUCUGCACAUAAAUCCUCCCCAAAUGUCAUAGUCCACGGAGAGGGCUAUCUGAACUCCACAGUUCAGCCCUGCUGCUUUUCUCUCCUCUCCUCUGCUCCUCUCGAUGGCCAGCAGUGGCCCAGCAGAGUGCCAGAGCAUCCCUCCUCUAGCUGUUAUGCUCCGUUCCUCAGCAGCACCUGGGGCACAUAUACGGAGCAUUGGUACAGGCCUAGCCAGGGUCAGGUGCCCUGUCUAUGGGCGUUCUGUUCCCCUCCCAGGCUGCAGGAGCUUCUUAAAGAACCCCUAUUCGCAUUUGCAGCUGUAAAACAGGUGACCGCCGUGGUGUGUGGCAUCUAGUAAAGGUGAUCUGUUAUUAGAUGAGUUCUGCUGGAAAGUUUUGCAGUCUUCUCUUUCUGAUUAUUAAUUGCGUUUAUGUAUAUAUCCAAAAAGUUAAUGCUCUCAAUUUUGUAUUCAAAAAACUUUUUAAUUAAGAAAAAUACAUGUUAGGGACCAAUAAAUAUAGUUUUCUUUAUUAAAUUUAAAAUAAGUAAAAGCUGGAGCAAGAGGUAGCGUAUUAAGGAAACUUAAUCUGAUUGUGAAAACAAUUUGUAUGAAGAAAUACCAUUUAAGUCAGUAGGGAGAGUCAGAGGGUCAUGACCAAUACAAAAUGAUGUGAUUUUGGAAAGUUUCUGACAGAAAAUUUGUAUGUUCUUUUUUUCUAAACGACCAUGUCUUCAAGAAGUUGGUUACAUAAUGGUGCAUUUCUGAAUCAUCAAUUAAAAUCAGUUGCUUCUGAUUUUAGUCAUAGGUUUUACAACUCUUCAUCUUCCCUGCCCUCAUGUUUCAUUUCUCUUUUGAGGGUGAACUAUCAACCUUUGAAAAACUUUUAAAUUUAGAAUUUAUAAAUACAAUAGAUUUUAAGCCAUCGAUCUAUUAACUGAGCUAAUGUGCUUGGUCUUGGAGGGCCUGACUCAACGCUCUUUGUGAUGUGGUGGAGUCUGUGCACAGGCUUCAGGGUGUAAGGCAGCCUGUGUCCCUGUGACGUGCACAGAGUAGAAACACACCCUGCUUCGGCACAGCCCUUUGUGGUCUGCAGUUGCUUACUCAGGGGUUCAUAAUAAUGACAUAAAAAUACCCGCUGUCUAAUAGUAUUUUAAGACUGCUUAUCUAUUACAAGGGUGUUAGGGUCCUUCAGCAAUUCCACGAGCAUCCGGUCCUCUAGACCUCCUAGAAAUGUCCUCAGUCCCAAUCCGGCAUAGGCAGUAGCCUGUGUACAGAGGCCAUCUGCAUGAUUUCUCGUUGCACUGCUGCAUCGCGGCACUCGGGGCACGAUGAAGCUGUCGUUGGCAGUACGGUUGAUGCAUGCAUCGAUCUUUCUUCUCCACUGUUUUACAUAGCCUUUCAUUAAAAGGAAAAAACAUAACCACUACUCUGCAAUGCAAAAGUUUGAAGAUUCUUUGGUUACUCUUUAAAUCACUUCUCUUUCAGAGGAAGCACAUUUCCAGCUAAGUUAUGUGAGAACACAAGAAAGAGAUCUUGCUUGUUUUAAGCGCCAUCCUUUCUAUUUUAUAUAUUUUAAAGUGUGGUCAGUAUUUCCUCCCUGUGCUUUAUAAACAGAAACUACCCUGGGAUGGUUGGUAUCCCCUGCAAAGCUGCACAGAGAGCCACACAGACUCCUGUGCAUGUGUGUCUAGUUAUAGGUAUGUAAGGAGUCAGUGGUGACAAGAAGGGUGAUCUAGGAGUAAUUCUGUUGCUUCCCAGAAGGCUAAUGAGCCAGUCUCAUGGCAUGUUUGAUGUGUCCCCUGUGUCAUGACAGUUUCACUAGAAUGUCAGUAAACAGCCCAACUACCUCAUGUGAAAUUGGCUGUAGACAAUCUGUGUCAGAUGAGACAUGUGUUAUGGUUGAUUUAAUCUGGUUAAUAGAUGGACAGAAUGAUGUCUCUAAAGAAGAAACACGUUAGACCAGAUGCCAAAGGCUACAAUGUACAUAGAUUUCCUUGGAUUACUUCUUUAAGUCAACAUUUAAUUCCACCCCCAGUAUUCUUAUCUUGAAUGUUUGUGGUUUCAUAGAUCCAUGCACUUUGAAUAUCUGUCAUGUGCCGUCUUCUGUUAUGGUUUUUGUCCUUCAACAUUACGAAUGAGCUUUAUAAUGACAGCAGAAAGCAAGUGGUUUGUUGCUUUCUUAAUUCUGAUGGACUUUUACUUAGAAUAUAAUGUGUUGGCGCCUGGAGGAGCAACUGAUGAAUGAAAAUUUCAUGUUUAGGUUUCAUGUAAAACUCUGUCCAAGUUAUUACUCUGUAUCUUGUGGGGAGGGGGAAAUAAGGGAGGGAUUUACUUUUUUUGCAAAAAUGUUUGAAGACAUCUGUCAGAUUUUAUAUUCGUUAGUUAUAAUAAACUUAUUUUUAAAGAAUUUUA